CGGGCGGGCGGUGCGAGGCCCCGCGGCUCUCCCCGCCCCCGGGCAGCGGGGUCCUGCCGGCUCUGCCGGCCCGCCGGCGGCGGGGAAGGGCAUGGAGUUGGCGGGAGUCUAUAAAAAGCCGCCGUGAGACGAGGCCGCCGUCCUGCCGGAGCCGCCGGGAGAGGCGGGGGCGCGGCGCCGCCCCGGCACCAUGAUCAACCCCAGCUACUACCCGUGGGGCUACGACAGCGACAACGGACCAGAUCAGUGGCACAAAAAUUACCCAACUGCAAAAGGACGUCAUCAGUCACCAAUUGAAAUCAAUAAUAAAGAGGUGCAUUAUGAUAGUUCCCUACUGCCAUGGUUUGCUAGUUAUGAUCCUGGUGCAGCUAAGACCAUCCUCAAUAAUGGGAAGACCUGCAGAGUUGUGUUUGAUGAUUCAUUUGAUAGAUCAGAACAGCAUCAGAUAUAUCAUCUUCUGCAUAAAUGCCAAAGGAUUUUGAAAGGGAGGGAGUAUCCAGGCGCAACAAUCUACAGCAUGGAUGCAACACUCACCAGAAAGAGCAGAAAGUUUUGCCAUGUUCUGAAUAUUUUUUCAGAUGAACUGCUCAGUAACUGUUGUGUUUUGAUCUCAGAAGUAAAAAGUGACUCACUGCAAAAAAAAUUAUCCAUUGCAGUGCUGAGAGGUGGGCCACUUCCAGGAGUCUUCAGGCUACGUCAGCUGCACUUCCACUGGGGCUCGUCUGAUGACCAUGGCUCUGAGCAUGUUGUGAAUGGAGUGAGGUAUGCAGGAGAGCUACACAUGUUACACUGGAAUCCCAAAUACAGUAAUUACCUUGAUGCUAGGAGAAGAACUGAUGGGGUAGCUGUUUUGGCCAUAUUUUUGCAAGUAGGGGAAACUCCUAAACCAGAGAUGAAGAGAAUUCUUGAAGAAAUAAAUGCUAUCAAAACAAAGGGGAAAGAAGCUCCUUUUCCAAACUUUGAUCCUUCAAUUCUUUUCCCGAAAUCUCAUGACUACUGGACAUACCAUGGGUCUUUCACUACUCCACCUUGUGAAGAGUGUGUCACCUGGAUUAUUCUUAGAGAGCCUAUCAUAGUCAGUUCAGACCAGAUGGCAAAGCUCCGCAGCCUAUCCAAGAAUGCCGAGAAUGAACCUGAUCACCCCUUGGUUGAUAACUGGCGCCCGACUCAGCCUCGGUAUUUCAGGAUGGUGAGCGCAUCAUUCCUCUAGGACCUGGCUCAUGUUGGGUGGCUCCGAGUGAGGCGACCUCUAGAACUAAGAGAUGUUUUUGUUUUGUGUCCUUUGUUGCAUUUAGACAGAACUCUAGAUGUACAUCUGGAGGCUGAAACUUGAAUUGUGAAAUGUGAAUUUCACUUUCAGAGGAUAACAUUUAUUUAGGCAAAUCCUGUUGUUAAAAUGGAAGUAGAGAAUCUGUUUGGUUCUUCAUAACUGCUUUAACAUUAGCUUUUGUUAAUAGUAAAAAGGAGGAAAGAAGAUUCUACUAACAAUUACAAAACCGUUUCCUAUUGCCCACAUGUCCCUUGAUGCUUGCCUUAUUGCGUACCAAAGAGGUUGCAGUUAAGAGAAUUGUUUUCACCAUUAAAAACUUAUUUUUCAAUAGUUGUUUUCAGCAUUAUCCAUAUCCAGCUCUCAGCUGCACCAGUUAAUGUACAAGGCAUUCUUGGCAAUAAGUGAAAGCACUCUUGGUAUUUGAUACUUACAUAAAAUAUGAAAGGAUAGGAAAUUGUAUUAUAAUAAUUCAUAAAGAACUAAGCUUUUAAUUUCUUACAGCAAUGGACAGGUGAAACAGAAGUCUGUUCUGAAAACUGUAUUCACUGAGUUAUAUGUAGUUAAAACAAUGGAAAGGGGAAAGAGCUGUUUCGGUUUGUGUCACAACUGGUUGCCUCUAUCAAAAGACUAAUUUUCCAUUUUAAUGUUGUAGCAGUCAAAGUGACAUGAAUUUUGUGAAGUUGGUCCUCAUAUCUUGAAUAUAUAUUUUCUUCAUGUAUGCAACUGGCUUUUCUGUGUAAAAAGGGUGUUAAAAUAAGAAGAGUCCUUAAUCUUUUUUGUGGUUUUUUUUUGAGACAGAGUCUCACUUCACGGUUGUCAGUGAAAUUUGUGCAUAAAUAUCUGAAACCACAUUUUGGCUCCUGAUCAAACUGCAGUUGACCCGGGUGUUCUCUUCUCUUGUUUUGGCAUAAACAACAAUGAAACAGGAUUGUAAGCCUAUACCUGAAAUAACACUAUUUCUGCAUUAAAAAAAUCUAACAAUAAUAAAGAUGUUUACUUAA